AGGUCUAGAGUUGAUUUUUAAUGUAUUGCCUUUCAGUCAAGUAUGCAGAAAUAGUUAUUCUCCCUUGUAUAAAAAUCAAAUAUAUUAUGAGACUGCAUUAUUUUAAAAAGGAAAUGAAUGUAUAGAUUUUUGUGAGGAUGUAGAUUUAUUGCCCCCAUGUUAUUAAAAAGUUGUCUCUUCUGAAGAAAAUGUUUUUCUUUAAAACAAAACAUUCAACUCUUUACUGAUUUUAUGAAGUGUGGUUAUCGGGCUUUUUAAAAAAGUUUUCUAUGUGAAUAUUUUGAUUACAGUUCCAAGAGCAGUUUUACUCAAAUAAAAACAAAGUUGGAAGACUUGUUAUUGUACUAAUGACAAUAAUAUACCAGCUUAUGGUUCCAUUACAUUUUAUUACAUUUUAAGUUAUCAGCCAAUGUGAUAUAUUUUUAUCAGCAUAACUAUGUAGUUUCAAACACAAGUAACCUUGGGUUUAGAGAGAAUAAUUACAUGCCCAGAUUCACAAGGAGUUGGAAAAGGCUGGGCUCCUUACUCUGACAAAUGCUUCUCCUGUUUAUUGAACUGUAACUGUCAGAAAUCAUUCUUUAUUUUCAUUUACUAUUUAUUAAGCACUCAAAGAUGGGGGUUUAAAAAUGAAGUCUACAGCAGAUGGUUUGGCUGAAGGGCAAGGUGAUUGGGGGAUGUGGCACAGCGGUGCCGACUGGAAAGGCUGUGGGGAGCCAUUGACUCGCCUUGAACAGCAGAGUACCGAAACCAAGUAUGUGGUACUAGAUACAGAUAUAUUAGAAACAAUAUAUUAGGAAGAGGAAUAAGGCCAGAAGUCUAGACUGUGUUUAAUGAUGGACAAAAGUAAAGUAUUAAAUACUGAAGUGGAAGUGAAUUUGAGAGCUGGUGUAGAAAUAGGUUUCCAGGGCAUGGUGCCUAAGAACAGUACAUUGAGGGAGAGAGUGGUCGAGAUGAUUCCUAAGUUUCAUUCUUGAAUGCCUGGGAAAAUGUUGGGAAAAAACAAGAGAGGCUUAUUUGGUGGGAAAACUGUAUUCAGUAUUUGGGUGCUGUGGUUGAAGUCUCUACAGGACAUCCGGGUGGCAGAUGUGUGUUAGCAGUCAAAUUGUAGAUGCAGAAGGGACCUCAGGAGUGAAUUCAUGGCUGGAGACACAGGCAGAGAAAUUAUUUGUGCAGAAGGAAUAAUUGAUGCCAUAUCAUCUUCUUUCUAGGUAUCCCCGUUGAGCUAGCCUCAGCAAAGUAUCUAAAUAACUGCUGCGUGUCUUAGAACUGGGUGGUCAUAGUGAGAGAGGGCACUUAGGAUUCAGGGCCCAGCCUCAAGCAGUGCCGCGUGAUUGGUAGGAAAGCACAGGCUGUUGGAACUGUGUGAGAAGAAAGUAAAGCUGUAUAUGCCCUCUGCGAUAAGUAUUGGUAAAUCUCCUUUAUUUCUCAACAACCCCGUGAAAUAGGGAGUGUGAGACGCUUUCCACAGAUGAUGAAACUGAGUCCGAGAGAGGCUGGAGUGGCAGGAGAGGUAGGGCUGGACCCAGGUGAGAGUUCAGUGCCGUGGCUCUGCUCGCACUGUGCCACACGUUGCUGUAUCCUCGUGGGACCUGUCAAACGUGGCUGCUGGGCUCCUUCUCAGUAGGUGUUUGAGUUUCUUGCUUUUGUACAAUAAGUGUUGUGCUUCGGAUCUUAAAAUGUAAUGUAUUGAGUUCUGGUUAUGGAUGGUCAUUUGCCUGCAGUGAGAAAGCAUGUGUGUGAAACAAAAAAUGCAACUUGGGUCACAUAACAUUUUCCACCCAGGUGUGCAGACCUUCUGGAAUGCUUACAAAUAACCAACAUAUGUUUAUUUUCUUUUGCAAUGUUGAAUCUUUGGAACUUUAUUUAGAAGGGUGAAUUGACAAUCCAAAGGCACCUGGGGGAAAAGAUAAUAAAAAUAUACAUUUUCUAAUUAGCUGAAAAUUAUCAUUUGUGACAUUAUCAGAAGAGCCACAAUGAAAUCCCACUUUGCAUUGUUUUAAGUAGACACAAACAAAAUUGUGUAUUCUGAGAUACAAAGGCUAAUUUGUACCAUGAAACUUCCUGUUAUUUUCAAGCCUGGUAGAAACAGUACCUUUACUUUUCCAUCUUUUAUUAUAUAUUUAUGUACUUAUAUAUUUAUGUACUGUGUCUCAGGGAACUAGAGCAAGACGUGGCAUCUCAAAACCAUAGGAUAGUGUUAAAUGCAGGAAAAAUGUAAUGUCUUCUGUGUGUGUACUAUUUCUGCAGUACUAAGAAUGGGUAAGAUUCUUUGUUUUUUCUUGAAAAACUGAUAUUUAAGUUUGCUUGCUAUUGUGGUCAUCCUUCUUAAUAUUGGCCAAUAUCCAGUGAAUUGUGAGAGAAAAAUUAAUGCUGCAAUUUUAGCUUUCUGGCCAGAACUUCACGUGCUGCUGAAUGACCAUUCCUCAGUCGCCAUGCACUGUUAAUGCACAACACGCUUUCAUGCUUUAACAUUGCUCUUUGUUCCCUGGGAAAAUGCUACAAGAAAAUAGGAGUUUCCUCUCAGCAUUACCUACCCCUCUGGCAGUGUGUUUCAGUCUAAUUCCUGGCUGGCACAGUGUCCCAGUUACUACCUCUUUUCCUUACUAGCAGUUUGAGUUCUUUCUGUUCAUCUACCAAAAGGGGGAUUCCGGACAGACGAGGAAACAGCUUUGAAACCCUGCACUGCGGGCGUGUUCAUUUAGUCCCCCACUAUGCAGUCUGGAAAUCUAGUGAUGAAUCCUAAUGAGCUGCUGAAGAUGCCAGAGCGUGUGCCUGCAUAGGCAUUUUCUUUCCCCUCCCCCCGCUGCUUCUCUUUCCCAAGCCCCCUCUCUCCCGAUUUCCCCUCCUACUCCUUUAUCCCCUCCCUCUGUGUCUCAGUUCUGCAGUAAACCCGGCUGAGGCACAUUCCUGCUUUGCGAGGCUUUCUGUUAAGGAUGUUUUGUGGCUUUUGUUUGGAUUGCAGCAUGCAGAAUUACAGCUGUUCAGAGGAGACUCAUUACAACUCCUGCUGAAGCUAAUUUUCUUCCCUUGUCUUCUGCCCCUACCCCCUACCCUCACUGGCCUGAAGACAUUGUACCCAGACUUUGCCUUACUCCCCUGGCACUAUGUACACGGUAAACGUGGUACUGUGGCCGCAUCUGGGACUGGCCAGACAACUACUGCUGGCUCUCCCUAUUCCAAGGACUUAAAGGGGAAUUGCACUGCAGGCAAUGCAUCAGAGCAGCAGCAUCGCGAGCCUGGGGACUGAGGCUCCUUGGGCAUUAUUACAAACACACAAAGCUGACCGCAAUGACAGCAGCUGCUCCUUUGAACUGUUGGCAACGGCCACGGGGCAGCAUGAAGUGAGAGAUCACUCCUGAGCUCAAGAUGAACUCCACCUUGGAUGGUAAUCAGAGCAGCCACGCUUUUUGCCUCUUGGCGUUUGGCUAUUUGGAAACUGUCCAUUUUUGCCUUUUGGAAGUGUUGAUUAUUGUGUUUCUAACUGUAUUGAUAAUUUCUGGCAACAUCAUUGUGAUUUUUGUAUUUCACUGUGCACCUUUAUUGAAUCACCACACUACAAGUUAUUUUAUCCAGACUAUGGCAUAUGCUGACCUCUUGGUUGGGGUCAGCUGCCUGGUUCCUUCUUUAUCACUCCUCCACUACCCGCUUCCAAUAGAGGAGUCCUUGACUUGCCAGGUGUUUGGUUUUAUAGUAUCAGUUCUGAAGAGUGUCUCCAUGACCUCUCUGGCCUGUAUCAGUGUUGAUAGAUAUAUUGCCAUCACUAAACCUUUAACCUAUAACACCCUGGUUACACCCUGGAGACUACGCCUGUGUAUUUUCCUCAUUUGGCUAUAUUCCACACUGGUCUUUCUGCCUUCCUUUUUCCACUGGGGCAAACCUGGGUAUCAUGGAGAUGUGUUUCGGUGGUGUGCAGAGUCCUGGCACACGAACCCCUACUUCACCCUGUUCAUCGUGAUGAUGUUAUAUGCCCCGGCAGCCCUCAUUGUGUGCUUCACCUAUUUCAACAUCUUUCGCAUCUGCCAACAGCACACAAAGGAAAUCAGCGAAAGACAAGCUCGGUUCAGCAGCCAAAGUGGGGAGCCUGGGGAGGUGCAGGCCUGUCCCGACAAGCGCUAUGCCAUGGUCCUCUUUCGGAUUACUAGUGUGUUUUACAUCCUCUGGUUGCCGUACAUCAUCUACUUCUUGUUGGAGAGCUCCACUGGCCGCAGCAACCGCUUCGCAUCCUUCUUGACCACCUGGCUUGCUAUUAGUAACAGUUUCUGCAACUGUGUCAUUUAUAGUCUCUCCAACAGUGUCUUUCAAAGGGGACUAAAGCGCCUCUCAGGGGCCAUGUGUACUUCUUGUGCAAGUCAGGUCGUAGCUAAGGACCCUUACACAGUAAGGAGCAAAGGCCCUCUUAAUGGAUGCCAUGUCUGAAGUAGUUCAGAUACUGGGUCACUGUGUGUGCAUGUGUUUCCUUUAUCUCUCUUUGUAUUCCUGGCUCACUAGAAAAUCUGGGACAAGAUAAUUUGACUCUAAGCAAUAGGAAACAAAUGAUCAAUCCAAAACACCUCUAAGUUUGCAGAAAUGAUUUUCUUAAAAAGUACUUUUAUAUCAGAAGAAUCAGGACCGUGAAAAUAAAUUGCUCUUGGUUCCAAUUUUUGUAAUGUCAUGGAAAUGACUACACUUCUCAGAUUUAAAAUGAAUAAAGUCAUAUCUAACACCUCUCCAGUUGGCACGACCGAACCUGGGUGUGAAAAGCGUCAGCAUUUUAAAAAGUCAUCGCUUUCUAGUUGCUCUUCUGGGUGCUUUCCAGUUGUUUGGGCUUCAUAUGCAAUUGAUUUCUUUUAACAGGGGAUAUUAAAAUGCAGUGAUGAAUUACCAGGGUUUUAACAUUCUGUUUAUAUAUGUCAAAGUAUAACACUGCAAGUUUGAACAGUGUCAUUUAGAAAUUCAAAUGUUUUAUGUCUUAUUCUCUUGAGAGAAUUCUCAAUACAGUGAAUAAUGAGGACACUUAAAUAUUAAUUUUAGAAUUUUGCAAUGAACCAUGAUGCAAAAGUAUAGUCAAAUAAUGGACAAUUUACAGAAAUCUGAGCUGUUUUGUGCCAUGCUUUAUGGAGAUCUAAAGAGAUGUGUGCGUAGGAAGUGAUUCUGUUGCAGUAAUUUUGCCAUACUUUUGUGUAUGUAUGUAUUGAGAAUAUUUGAAUUGAAUUAGAUUUCUCUUUUACAGUAAAAUGUAUAUUUAACUAGUUCAUUUUUAAAACAGAAGGGGAUUAGUUGAGAUAUUCUCUUUGUGGUUAAAUGGAAUCAACUAAUGAAGUAGCAAGUAGUUCUCUUUCAAAGCAUUCUUUUAGUCAGUGUUAAAAAAUCCACAUUUUGAUAAGAGAAAUUCUUAUUUAUCUAUGUCUCUUAUUGUCAUUCUCUUUUAGGAUACAGUUCUUUCCUUAAUAGUCUUUUUCUUUUUAAGCUAAAGUACUAGCAAAAUCUAUAAGAAUUUUUUAUUCUCUGUAAUUAUUAAUUGAGAAUGCUGUGUAUUUAUAUGUAGCAGUGAUGUUUUGUUCUUAAAGUGAGCAAGGGACUUAUUUUACUAAAAGGAAAGAAGGGUUUCCCAGCAGUUCCAUGCACAAGAGUAUUUCUUCUACUUAUUUUAUUGCUUUUAAUGUUUUGGAGUCUUCAGGGGACUUGCAUGAUCUCUGCCUUUGGCUAAAAGUUGUAAUCUGAAUGCGACAGUGAUGUUCAGGGAGACAGAAGAUGGAAGAAACCCAAGGGACGUGGGUGAAAGUAGAUUUUUGAAUCCAAGGAGGACAUGGAUAUUUAUAAAAUAGGCAGAUAGGCUUUGGUUUUCCAUCAUGAUACAGGGAAAGUUUGUACCCCUUUUAAAAUAAGGGCAGCUUUAUUAUGUUAGGUUUUAGAUGUCAGUUUCAUUUUAAACUCAGAUGUGUUCUAUUUAAAAUUUUUUAUUUUAAGUGAUUUAGUGUGUGAUAUUUAAACUUAAGAUUCUGAGUUUUUCCCCAAACUUUGCUUGCUCUUUAUGUUUAGUGUUAGAAAAGCUGAUUCUACGUUUUCAAAAUUUAGAAUCCAUAUUGAAAUUGCAAGUUAAGUUAGCAGUGUCUUUAAAUUGUCAUUUCAAGUGGAAAACCUUUUCUGUUAGAUUCUAAAAAAACAGUUACAUACAUUUC